UGACGGUUCCUUGACAACAAACAUAGUCAACUGAUUUCCAACAAUAAUUUGUGAAAUUUUUCGAUAAAAGCCAAGAAAAAACAGCUGUCGAGUGUAUCGGAAUCGGCCAGAAAAAACAGGUAAAAUAUGCCAGAAAUUUGGAAGUACAUAGCCGGCUCGGUUGUAUUAGGUUCGGCCGCUUAUAGCUUAAUUAAAUAUUUCGCCGGAGGUGUUUGCGAAUGUCCCACCCGACUGGAUGGCUUGCUGGUUAUUAUAACUGGAGCCAAUUCUGGAAUAGGAAAAGCUCUUGCUAUUGAACUUGCUAAAAGAGGUGCAAAUUUAAUUCUCGCCUGUAGAAACGUAAAAAGUGGCUUAGAAGCCAAAGUCCAUAUACUUCAAGAAGCCCAGAACUCCAAUAUUCAAAUCCACGUAAAGUUUUUGGAUUUAUGCUCAAUUCAUAGCAUUAAAAACUUCUCAGAAAACAUCCAAAACCAGUUUAGAGAGGUGUAUGCUUUAGUUAAUUGUGCCGGAGUGUUUUAUCUUCCCCACAGCUUGACCGAAGACGGAUUUGAGGUCACUUUUCAAACAAAUUAUUUGGGACCAUUUAUUUUAACCCAUGAGCUGAUUCCCCUACUUAAAAAGCAAGUACAUGCGAGAAUAGUUAAUGUUUCAUCAGAAGCUCACAGGAAAGUGAAUGCAAAUGAUUUAAGAAGUGUAACUCUUCAACAAAAUCAGCCUGUAUCACCUUUUGUGUCUUAUGGUGUAUCAAAAUUGGCUUUGAUACUUUUUACAAAAGAGUUGGCCAAGAAGUUAAAUAAUACGAACAUCAUAGUGAACGCCGUCAACCCGGGCAACGUCGAAACCGCCAUCUACCGUCACUUCCCGCCCCUAUCCAACCCUUGGCUGUUCGCCAUCCAAAAACCGAUCCGAACCCUCGUGGUCAAAAACCCCAAACAGGGUUGCCAAAGCAUCUUGCACGCCCUCCUCACCUCGAACCCAUCAACGGGACAAUACUAUAGCGAUUGCAAACUCACCUUGGCCAGUCCCCUGGCCAGCUGCGAUCAAAUCUCCCGCGAAUACUACCGAGUGACGUGCGAGUUAAUUCGGUGGUUCCCCGAGGAGAGCGAGUGUUAA